AUGGCUAUCGCGGGCCACAUCUCACCAUUCUGCCCUGCCUUCAAUCAGCGCCUCAUUUCCUUCGAGGGCGUCUCGCGUUCAUCAUCUCCCCGGCCCGAGAGCAGACCCGAGGAAGGUGCAGCAUCCCGCGGCAGUGUUCACGUCCGGAAAGUGGUCAUCCUCAUUCGCUGGGAGAAUGAUGAUAUCGGUGCGGAGGAGAACAUCGCGGCUUACAUCGCCACCAUGGGGAAAAUCAUGGAUAUCCUUGGCAUCCAGCAUACCGUCCACAUCCUGGAAGUGAAGGACCUUACCCCAGGUUGGAAUCUUCAAGCCAAGAUCCGCAUCAUCUUCCGGGGAUAUGUGAAUUUUGGCGACACUCAGACAGAACAGACUUUAUUGACUAAUCGCUCGACCGUCGCCAUGGCGGACACCGAGCACGGGGAUGACAACCCCACAAUUCAGUCACACUUUUUUCCUGCUGGCAUCAACAAUCCAAGCACCCAGGUUGCCUCCGAUGGCACCAAAAACCAGGGUUACAACUUACCUGCAAUCGCUUCUGCUAAAAUGCAGACAGUGAAAGCUCUCGACCAUGAAUCGAGAAACCCACGCGGAUAG